AUGGCCCUUCCUGAUGCCCUUAUCCAAACGCUCACAUCCGGAGGAUAUAUCACGCGGCUUGCUCUUCACAAACAUAGUAAGAGGAGCAGCAGUCCAGCAGAUGUCCUGAAGAGGGAUCUCCAAAACCUGUUGGCUACCAGGGACUUGAACCCAAGUGAAAUUACUGCACUCUUGGAGGAGGUGCCAACGGGGUGGGAGAAAUUGGGGGAUCUAAUCAUGCUUCCCCAGGGCAGUAUGUGCUCCUCCAUGUGGGCAGAUUGUGGCCAUGAGGCUUGGAAGAUCGUGGCUUCUGCCAUUGGAGGCAGGCGAGUGGCCAGACAGGCGCACAUAGCAUCUGCUGAAACCCGUGACAGCCAGGCAGAGAUGUUGCAUGGUGAGAAUGGUUGGGUUGAGCAUCGAGAGAAUGGCAUAAUGUACAGUUUCGACGUGACAACAUGCAUGUUCAGUUCAGGGAACGGGACAGAAAGAGCACGGAUGGGUGCCGUGUGUUGUCAGGGAGAGACAGUUGUUGACUGCUAUGCUGGAAUCGGAUACUUCACACUGCCAAUUCUGUGCCAUGGCAAGGCCCAGCAGGUCUAUGCAUGUGAAUGGAACCCUCCUGCCGCAGCUGCACUUCGUCACAACCUCAACCAAAAUGGAGUGGCAUCUAGGUGUGUGGUGCAUGAAGGCGACUGCCGCAACUUGGCUCCAAAAGGUGUGGCAGAUCGUGUGGUCAUGGGGCUUUUGCCAUCAUCCCAGGCAGGCUGGGCCACAGCUGUUGAGGCGCUGAAGCCGGAAGGUGCGAACCAUCGACUUGAUGAUAGUGUGGCUGGCAUAUUCAUGAGUCAAGCAGCACUGUUUGUGCAUAGGCAGGACUCAGGUUUGAUCAGGUCUUCUUCUGCCAAUAGAAUGUUGCUGUUCACUCUGUCAGCUUGUUCGGUCUUGCUGCAAAAGAGUGGCAAGCACUUUAGAGUUUUCAGCAGCUGGCUUGCUGCCCAGGAGCGGCGUAUCUGCCUCUGCAGAUGUCUUGUUACUGAAGUACAAGGGAAGAGGGCAUAUCAUAUACAAUGGGCACACUUCUCAUGGCGUGUGGCAUUCUCCUUCUUUUGGCAAACAGGGCAUCUCUGGAUGCAGGAGACCCCGUCAAUCAUUUUAAUUCGUACAGAAAGCAACCUGCAUGUUGAGCAUCUUCCAAAGCUAUGGAACAACAAGGCAUUUGCUUGGGGUCCAGCUGUGACCACAGAUUUUGUUCAUCCUGUGGUCAGGCGGAUGGGUGCAUGUUCAUGCCAACGUUGA